AUGACCGACACCCGCAGAAAACCCGAAAAGUCCACCACACCCAGACGGUCCAGCCGUGGCCGCAACCAACCCAACCCACGGCCGCCGCACCGGAGCGGAAGAACCCACCACCCUACGUCGCCGCGGCAGUCGGCGCGGGCAGGGAUAAUGGUGGCGAUCUCGAUGUACCGCGGCAACCUCCACAUUGGCGGUCACGACAGCGGCGCCCCUGCCCCGCGCCGGUGGGAGGCGCCCCGGCGGUCGCUCGGCGCGAAGCGGUUCCGCCGCCUCGUGCGCAACCGCUCCCGCGCCGUCGAGCGCCUCGCUGGGACGCCACCGCGGCAGGUCUCCACGACCUCCUCGGAUAUGAAUGGCGGUCGGCGCGCCGCGGACCCCGACCGGGAGGGCACCGGAUGA